UAUCUUCUUAGCAGCUCCCAUUUCGAUCGUUAUAGAGAGUUGUAACUUGUUUAAAUGAAAUGGUUACUCUUUACUACAGGCUAUAGCCAUACAAUACUCCCAGCAAUCUACCACCCAAGACAUAAUCACCCAACUUCCAAGACUAGUCUAGGUGAUCCACGGAGGAGUACGUCCGUGCAAUCUAAGUCACUCCUCUCUUUCUCAUCAUAAUAUGUACUCUAUAUAUAAGUAUUCCCUCGUUUCUCUCCCCUUAAUCCUCACUUUCUAGUCAUCAACUCCUGCACCUCCAGCGCUACUUCGCUUUCCUUCCUCUGACAAUCAUGGUACAAACUAAGAAGUUCAGAGGAGUCAGGCAACGCCAUUGGGGUUCUUGGGUAUCUGAGAUUCGCCAUCCUCUGCUGAAGAGGAGGGUUUGGCUGGGGACGUUUGAGACUGCAGAAGAGGCAGCCAGGGCAUAUGAUGAAGCAGCAGUUUUAAUGAGCGGACGAAAUGCAAAAACCAACUUCCCAGUCCAAAUGAACCAGACUGCCAAUACUGAUCAUGCCUCCUCUUCCAAUCUAUCAUCGUCAUCAUCAUCUGCUGCUCUCUCGGCGGUCCUAGGUGCAAAGCUUCGCAAGUGUUGCAAAUCACCAUCUCCUUCGCUCACUUGCCUAAGGCUUGACACCGAGAAUUCCCAUAUUGGGGUUUGGCAAAAGCGAGCCGGGGCGCGUCCAGAUUCCAAUUGGGUGAUGACUGUUGAUCUUCGCAUGAAGGCUAGUGAUCGUAGUGAUACUAGUACUAAUAACGUUAAUGAUCAUCAGCAAUGUCCAAGCUUCAAGCGGGCAAUACCCCCGGAGACCACCACCACCACCAAUACCACCACCACCACCACUUCAUCAUCAUCACACGGAGACUCCUUGGAUGAAGAGCAGAGGAUUGCACUGCAGAUGAUUGAGGAACUCCUGAACAGAAACUAAUGAAGAUCUCUUAGUAUAUGAUGUCAAUUAUAGUAAGUGUUGAUGCGUUAGUCUGUGGGGGGCUAAUAGCUGAUUCCAUGUGCAGAGCCCUGUCAUUGAUGUAUGCUUUUCUUACCACUUACCGGUCGGGGCUUACUUUUGUUGUGAUGCUUCGAGACUGGGAUGAGUUAUAGACUAUACAUAAAAAAAGUUGUUCACAAAUCUUAGAGUUGAUUUAUAUGCUGAUUUGGACUUUUAUACAGGGGAGCUGUUUUACGUUGGUUUCAAGUGACAUCAUUGUGUUGGAUUGAGAGUUGUUACUGCAAAUAUCAGAUGGUAACAAAAUGUGUAUGUUUCGUGUAUUUUCUGUGGACUGAAGAGUAGAGAGUAUAAAAUAUGGAUGCAUC